AUGAGUUACGACAAAGAAGCUCUACAAAGAGAACAUGAUAAUAUGCUGCCAAUGCUAAAUUCUGAACAGUUGUCAGUUUACAAUUCUGUCAUCUCUUCAAUUGAAAACAAUGAACAAAUACUGGUCUUUGUAUAUGGACAUGGGGGUACUGGAAAAACCUUCCUUUGGAGAACAAUUAUCUCCCAUAUUAGAUCCAAAGGGAAAAUUGUGCUGGCCGUUGCUGCUUCUGGAAUCGCGUCCCUUUUAUUACCUUCUGGGAAAACGGCGCAUUCAAGGUUCAAAAUUCCUAUUGACCUAACAGAUAAGAAAUCAUGUGACAUAAAAAAGAGAACAUCCCUUGCCGAUCUUUUACAGCGUACAUCACUCAUCAUUUGGGAUGAGGCACCAAUGAGUGACAGAAGAUGCUUUGAGUUUCUUGACCGCUCUCUUAGAGAUGUCUUAGAUUGUAAUGAAAAGUUGUUUGGAGGCAUAUCAGUUCUACUAGGUGGUGAUUUCCGACAAACCCUCCCAGUCCUACCAAGAUCAACACGUUCAGAAAUCAUAGCCUUAACACUUCCAUGUUCAUACCUGUGGGGGUCUUUCACUGUUCACAUCCUACACACGAACAUGAGAGUUAAUUCUUCUGAAAGACCCACCAGUUGUUCAACGUCCACGUCGGCUUUCACAGGUUGGUUGCUUCGUAUUGGAAAUGGACAGAUGGGGAUGCCUGACAAUGACGACCCUCGGGACACAAGUUGGUUAGAAAUCCCUGACUCUUUUCUAAUAAAACCCGGAAAUGACUCCCUAAAUUCAUUAAUAAAUUUUGUAUAUGGAGAUGGUGUCCUUAAUAAUCCGACUGCGGUUGACCUUUCGGCAAGAGCUAUAGUUACGCCGACAAAUGAUGUUGCAGACAACAUAAAUACAACGGUUUUGGGGAUGGUGUCAUCGGAGGAGGGAACCUAUAAGAGUAUAGACAUUAUCCAACCAAUCGGCAAGCGUACAUCGGAUUUUGAGGGCCUGUAUCCAACCGAAUACCUAAACCAACUCAAUUUCCCUGGAAUACCACCUCACGAACUUACACUAAAACUCCAUUGUCCCAUAAUGUUGCUAAGAAACAUAAACCAAAGAGAAGGUUUAUGUAAUGGUACACGACUUAUAGUGUCGCAGUUGCUAACAAACAUAAUUGAAGCAACAAUCAUGACUGGCACCUUCAUUGGCAAGCGCGUUUACAUCCCCCGUAUAAAGUUUAUACAUAAGUCAACAGAUAUGCCAUUUACUUUCUCACGAAAACAAUUUCCACUGAAAGUCUGCUACGUGAUGACUAUCAACAAAAGCCAAGGACAGUCACUACGUAGAAUUGGUGUAUAUUUAGCACAACCUGUUUUCUCGCACGCAUAUCCUACAUGUAUAUCCGAACAUGACACUCAUUUUGAUAUGUUUAUUCGACAUACAAAAUACAGCCGACCAAUGAGUAGCAUUUCUGAGCUAAAGACGGAUGGUAUUGGAGGCCCAUUACAAGUUAGAAUAGUACGUAAAUGGAGACACGACGUAAGGCGCUAUGAAACCUGGUAUCUGGCUGUCGACAGAUUUGGUGAUGCCAUACAGAUUCUUGGUCAACGAACUAACCAGAGCUACAUCGAAUCUAUUCUCAACCUUUCGCACUGCUAUACCAUCUCGGAUUAUAGCUGCCCCAUGUUAGACAAGUAUCAGAAAUUCCUACAAAAUGACUUUUAUAUUGAUGUCGGCCUUAUGUCUGUGAUAGAACAGAUUCCGGACACACUGACAAUACCGAAAAACUGGUUUCACUUUCUCUCAAAGCGACAACUCAUAGACCUUGGAGACACACCAUCUUAUUACCUAGACUACAUUGGUGUCCUCUCAAAAAUCAGAGACUGCGUGAAAGUGGGUGGUGAGUCAUACGUAUUGCUGAUUUUAACUGAUGAAAGUGGUAGUGAACUCGCGAUCAAUUUAUGGAAAGAGUGCAUAACCAAUCCACAGAAAUUCAAUCGCAACUCCUUGCAGCCACCGCCAACAACAACAGUUGUCGCUGUCACCAACUUAAAGCCUUCCAUAUCUAACGGGGCUCUGCGUCACGGUUCAUCACAUGCUACCCAUGUCUAUGUCAACCCAGACAUACCAGAAACAACAUCGCUUAUAAACCUAUACACAGGUGCCUUAAGACCAAUGCCACCACUAGCAGGCACACCGUCUACUCUAGGUGACAUGAGAAAGAAAACCAGAUCUGAACUGUUGGAUAAGACACUUCUGGUGUGCGCAUCAAUCAAAGACAUUCUCUUCCAAAAUAGUUGGUACCAGACAACAUGCACAAUAUGCAAAGAUCCCAUUUUCAGAAGGGGCGAAAAUUGGUUUUGUAGCGCACAUGGACAUAUCGACAAACCAAACUACAUAUACAAAUUGUCUGUUAUCAUCACUGAUGCAACAGACUCCAUACAAGCAGCCAUGUCAGAAACAUCGUGUCGCAAACUACUCGGAUCAAAUCUUGACAAAUUCAUAUCCGAGAACCCAAUGACGAAUCCAAACGUCCUGCCCAUAAACAUAACUAACGAGAGAGGAAAUACAAAAACAAUGUCCAUCCAAAUGAUAAGAGCUUCAACGUCAGAAAACAUACGGUUCAUAAUAAUUGACCAUGACCCACAAACAAGAAUGUCCGACACAUCAAUUCCAACAACACCAACUCCAACCAAAACGACAAGGGUACGACAAAACAAUACAUCACCGGGAUCAUCUACAAACAAUCAAAAUGUUGCACGUCCUCUAACUUAUGACCUUGUAGGUGCUACCCCAAAAGACAGUGAUAACCAGAUAAAGAAAUAA